AUGAAAGAACUCAGCUUUAGUCGAUCUAUUGUGAAAAAUGCUUUGGCUCGCGAACCAGGAUUGAACCCGAUUCUGGCGAUUGACUAUCAUGGAGUCAUGCAAGAAGUUGCUCGGCUCGACCUUACUCGCUCUCUGGAUUCCGUCACUGAAGUCAUGAAUACCGAAGUUGAAGCCGCCCUCCUGGAGAUGCUAGGAGACAUCUCCGAUUGGAAGCCUGUGGAUCUGAAGCCUCUCAUUCACCGCCUUGUUGCCCGCAUCUCCAGCCGCGUCUUCCUCGGUCCUGAACUCUCCAACAACGAAGAAUGGUUGAACAUUGCCUUGUCGUACGUCACCCAAGCAAGCAUGGUGACGCGAAAGCUUCGUGGCUUGCAUCCACUAUUACGACCCCUAGCGCGGUGGUGGUUUCCCGAACUAGGCGUCUGUAGAGAGCAGGUUGACAAAGCGCGGAAAAUUAUCACUCCACUCGUGCAGGAUCGUUUACAGAGAAAGGCCAACGGGCAAAUCACCGAGAAGACUGCUGAUAUGUUAAGUUGGCUGGACGACAAGGCAAAGGCAAAGGGUGUGAAGAUUGAUUUCGCAGAGUUUCAACUCUUGCUCGUGGUGGCGGCAGUACACACGACUACGGAGACAAUCGCAAUGUUCAUGGCUGAUCUGAUUGAGAACAAAAAGGCAAUUUCACAGCUCAGGAAGGAGAUUAUUUCGACGUUCUCGACUUCUGGUUGGAAAAAGACAUCGUUGGCUUCAAUGACGUUGCUUGACAGCGCGAUGAAGGAAUCACAGCGGUUGAAUCCUAUCACGGAUCUCUCGAUGCAACGCAUCGCUUUGACCGAUGUCACUCUUUCUGACGGUACAAUCAUUCCUAAAGGUUACAGACUGGCUGUGGAGCACCGCCUUCGAGAUCCAACCCUGUGGUCCGAUGUCAACAAAUUCCAACCGGGCCGUUUCCUCAAGUUACGUGAUACUGAUCGAAGCAAGUGGAACUUCGUCACUGGUUCGCCCGAACACCUUGGGUUCGGCUACGGGAAACAAGCAUGCCCGGGACGGUUCUUUGCUAGUAAUGAGAUCAAAGUCAUCGUCAUACACAUGCUUCUCAAGUAUGACUGGGAGUUUACUGAUCAAGGAAGAUUACCAAACGGGUUGUCUGGGACAGACCGCUAUAUGGAUCCGAGGCAAAAGGUCAUGCUAAAAAGUAGGAAGGAGGAGAUCAACCUAGGUUCGCCUUGA